UUUUCGAUAUAUUGUAAUGACAAAAUGAAUGAGCUGCCAAUCAGACAAGUGAACCGCCCAUACGGAUAAAGGAAGGGUGCAGUGUAAAAUAUAAAUAAACUGUACAUAUAGAUCGGCGCUAUUGAACAGUGCUACUGUCUGAUAGCUUUUAGCAGUCGUUCACGUUAUUACAGUAAAUCUUGUAAAAUCGUGCAUAUGAGAAAAACAAACAUUAUUAUGAUAAUUGCGGCGUACAAUAUAUUAAAAAUCUGGAUUAAAAAUACGUUCUGAAGAUUAAAUUGGAUUAAACGGCAAAAACGUUUUGAAGAAAAGUAAAGUCCUACCUGAUAAUAAUGUUGAGCAUUUAAUUAAAUCAGAAAUUAUCAUUUUAAAAGGAUUUUUAUUGUUUGUUUUAAAACAACCACACUUCCAAUGAAAGAAAUUGAAUCAAAAUGAACGUUUUUUUGCGUGUUUUAUAAUCGUUUAUUGGACACUUUGCUGUAAGCGCAUGCUGUAAUACAUGAAGUUUUAUACAUAAUGGUAAACGCUGGGACCAUCAAACAAUUUUGGAGUGGGAUUUUAUGCAAUGCACUCUACCUCAUCACAGCAAUCUGUGUCCGUCCGUCUGUCGGUGGCACUUGUUGGGAAGAUAUUGACCAUACAACAAAUCUUUGUAAAAAAGCUUUCAGACUAAACAUGACUUAUGAUGAAUGCUGCGGAAUACAAGGCUUGGGGUCGGUGUCAUGGACACCUCACGAUGUCACUAACACCAUCUUCUACUGGAACUUCCUCUCAAAGGGGGCAAGCAUGUGCCAAAGGUGCCAUAAAACUUGUUCGUCCGUUGUUUGUGAACAAGGAAAAACAUGUCGUAUGGUAAACGGAGUUCCGGUUUGUGUUUGCAGACCUCACUGUUAUAAAACUUUGAAGUCACGUGGCGCUUUAUGUGGAACUGACGGUCUGAAGUACAGAAAUUACUGUGCUCUACAAAGAUACAAUUGUAUUGCAGAACAGCAGAUAUCUGUCGAAUAUUACGGAAAAUGUCGAAAUUCUUGUAGAAGAGUUCAAUGUGAGCGUGGAAAGCAUUGCCUACAGGACCAGAAUGGUGUUCCACAUUGUGUACCUUGUCACGACUAUUGUAAUAUGAUCUUGCCCGAUAACCCAGAAUAUCACAUGUGCGGCGAAAACGGAAAGAUAUACAGAAACACAUGUGAACUACGAGCUGAUAUCUGUAAAACUGGGAGAAGUAUACGAGUCGCUCACUCUGGAAAGUGUGCUGAUAACGAGACGUGUAAAACAGUAACAUGCCCACAGGGAACAACUUGUUUGGUUAGUGCUAAAAGCGGCAAUCCUGUGUGUAUGAACUGUGCUGCACUUUGUGUCCAAACUGUUAGCGUUCCCAUUUGUGGAACAGAUAAACGGACGUACCACAGUUAUUGUCAUAUGGUGAUGUCAGGGUGUAAGUCAGGUGUUUUUGUGUCAACACAUCACAGAGGUCCUUGUAAACAACAUCCGAAACGCAGAGAGUUGUCUAAAGUACAACUGGAGAGUAGAAAUGGAUUUAAACUUCGUCAAAUGAGUACUAGCACUACAGAAAGGCAGCAAAAACGACAUCGGAACGGGAGACAUAGACGGCAGAACAACAGGAACAAACGUCACAAACAUAAGGAACGAAAACAUCAUAGUGUAGUUCCAUAUAAAACUUUUAUUCUGUCUAAUAAGAAAAAUAACACAAGGAGACGAAAUAUAUAUGAGGAAGAAAGUAAUUCAUCAUGACGGGGCACUUCUGGUCAAGAACACAAAUUUACUCUUACAUGUUAUGAAAGAGAAUUUGAGCUGAAGCGACAACGGAUCACAUCGACCAUUCUCGCAAGGUUUUAUGCAGGGCAGGAAUCAAAAAUGGAAAAUGACUUUACUCACAGCAACUGCAUGCACCAUCAUAAGAAUCCCAUGAAGAUGAAUGAAUGUGUUUUGAUGCUUUUCAUCAUGUAUAUGUAUUCUAUGUUUCGUAUAACUUCUUUGUUGUGUUUACAUCGUUUGCUAAAAUAAGAUAAUUUUAGUGAGAUAAACGCAUUUUGAAAUUAUACAAAUAUGUGGUUGAGAACAAAAACAUUCAAAUGAACAUAUUUAUAACAUACAAGUAUGAAAUAAAGGGUUUACCUGACAACUAUUAUUUUAUUUCAAACUCGUAAUGUUUCAACAACGAUAAACACAUUUUGAGGUAUUAUUUACUUUGAAAUUAUUUUAAUUAUAAUAACAUUGGGAAGGUAAUAGUAAAAUUUAUUCAGUGACUCUUCAAUAGACCAUGUUUACACGUUAAAAGAAGUAGUAGAUAUCACAUUCAUGUGUAUUUAAAUUAAAACUUAAGAACUACCGUUUGUACUUUCUGACGUGCGUGAGUUAAUGAAAGUAAUUUUUUCUAUUGCUGGUUUUGUCAAAGUACGUUAUGAUAAAAUGGUAGGUACUUGACAAUCAGAUUUUGUGGUUUGUUGAUAUUUAUUUUCGAUUCCAUAUUAAAAGCGGUAAAUGUU